ACAAACAACAACAAAAAAAAAAAAAAAACAGAAAGAAGAAGUUCUCAUUCUGAAAAACGAGGACAAUGCUAUCCCUACGCCUCCCUAUUCCGAGUGAGAACGUCUUUACCCCGCUUAAGCCCAAACCUCAGCGCUUCCCCAACUCCAAGACCCAAACACACCUCUUCUGCUCGCCGUCUCUGUCGGAGCCGAAGCUUCACUUACCCCGCGCCACCGCGGCCGAUGCGGCGGUCAAAGAGGAGAGAGAAGAGAAGUUAAAUGACGGAGCUACCCCUCAGGAGGAGGAGUUGCCGGAGGGGCUAAACCUAGAGCUGAUGCCGAAGCACGUGGCGGUUAUAAUGGACGGAAACGGGAGGUGGGCCCAGCAGAGAGGGCUUCCGCCGGGAGCAGGGCACGAGGCCGGCGUACAGUCGCUUCGAGCUAUUGUGGAGCUCUGCUGGCAAUGGGGAAUCAAGGUUCUCACGGUUUUCGCUUUCUCUUACGAUAACUGGAUUCGCCCCACGGUGGAGGUUGAGUUUUUGAUGAGCUUGUUUGAAAGAGUGAUAAAGUCAGAACUGGACAAAUUUGCAAGGCAAGGUAUAAGAAUAUCUGUUAUUGGGGACUCGUCAAGACUCCCAGAAUCCCUACAGAAACUGAUUAGAGACGCAGAGGAGAGAACAAAAGAACACUCCAAGCUCCAACUCAUUGUGGCGGUAAGCUACAGUGGGAAAUACGACGUCGUCCAAGCCUGCAAAAGCAUUGCUGACAAAGUGAAAGAUGGCCUUGUACAAGUUGAUGACAUAGACGAGGGCUUGAUAGAACAAGAAUUAGAAACAAAUUGUACCGAGUUUCCCUACCCCGAUCUGCUCAUCCGAACCAGCGGCGAACUUAGAGUCAGCAACUUCUUGUUGUGGCAAUUGGCCUACACCGAACUCUUCUUCGCACCCGAUCUCUGGCCUGAUUUUGGGAAAGAUGAGUUUGGAGAGGCCUUAGUUUCGUUUCAGCAAAGACAGAGACGCUACGGCGGUAGAAAAUAAGCGACUUUCGAUUAAAAGUAAAUUAAUUCUUUUUUAUUUCCUUUAGGAGCAUUUGUAAUAAUAUUAUGCAAAGCUCUUAAGGCCGUUUUAGCAUAUAUUUGAAUGUGAACCCUACAAAGUAGAAUAGCUUCUGCUAUUGCCUAGUUAAUCAAUCUUAAGUUGGUUGAUUUGCAUAUAGAAUAAUGUUAUAGCUUCUUCUAGCUCUAUGACUAUAUAUCAAUAUUUGUAUAUAAAAGACGCAGACAAUUAAUAUGUAUCUUCCAAGCAUAGUUAAUCAAGAUUUAAA